AGGUUCCUGUUCUUGCCACCGAUAGGAUCUUGCCAGCCAUUCUUUUAAAGGUAAUUUACUGCUCUGAGCUUGAAAGGGCUUUCACUAGAUUCCACAGCCACAAAGUCAAAAUUGGCUAUUAUAAAAAUGCCUAAAAACUUGCUUUUUAGUCUUAAUUUAAGGUUAGGUAUAAUGUUAGCGUUGUGGUUAGGUUUCAAAUGAAAUGUUAAGAGAAAUAGGCAGCUUUUAACCAUAAUUAUGACUGAAGCUGUGUACGCUAGUGAAGACCCCUUGAAAUAUACUAAUCGUGAAUAGGUUUGAUGUGUAACGUAAUAAGCAUUACCGUAUGUCAAUGAACAACGCGCAUACAUUUGUUUAUUUUGCCACACCCUUUGAGCUAUGACGCCAACCAAUAAGAUCAUUUCUCUUCAGUGCAACGAAAGUAAACAGUGACCAAGAACACAAUACAUUGUUUUUAAUUGAUAUACGUUUAUUAACGACAUGGAACUCAAAAUUUGACUAAUUUAACUGCCCCGCAACACAUAACUUACCCCAUGUAGUCGUUCAUUUGCGUUGGAGACAGGACUUGGUUGAUAGGCGUUAUCUAGGUAAGGCUAGCUACUUUACCUGCUAACAAUGGCUAACUGUAUGGUUUUUCACACUCAAAUAGCCUCCAUUAUGGAGGUUCUAGCGAAUGCAGCCGUGGGAGAUAUCUGUAAACUCGUAGACGACGACUAUGCAGUGUUUCGUUUGGAAAUAACUCAAAGCCAGAAAGAAAACAGGGCAUUGCGGAGGAAACUACAGCUACUGGAACUGAAGAUGGCACGGGAGCGCGCAGAGAGGACAACGAGAGAGCGCGUCCUCGCCAGUCGUCCCAGUAGUGUCAAGAUCCUCGACCGAUACAGAGGAAUGGCAAGAGGACAACUCACUGGAGGCCACAGGAGCUUUGUGAAGCCAGCGGGACACAAUGCGUGGAGAGAUGACCAACCCAUAUCUAUAGAUGAGGGGAGUGGAACCUCAACCAGGCACGUUAUCAUGAUAGAGUCUGCAUAUGCAGAGGCUGCAGGUCCUGGGGUCAAGCAGGAGAGGUCUGAAGGAGAGGAGGACCCACAGCACAGCAGAGACAUCCAGACUGGAGCAGCGGCAGGAGCAGCGCCCCCUGUAGUUAGGAAAGACCUCGCCGCCGCACCCCAGGCCAGUACCAGACGCAGCAUCACAGAGGAGGAGGAGGGUCCAGAGAUGCUGCUGGUGAAGGAGGAGGGGUGUGAGGAGGGUCUGGGGAACCCUGAGGGGAUCAUGGUCAUGGAGGGCAACCAGACUACACCUCCUCCUGAACCCACAGAGGAACCAGCUGAGCAGCACAGGACCACACACAGUCUCACUGAGUCAGUAGACAUGGAGGAUGGGAACCCUGAUCUGCUGCUGGUCAAAGAGGAGACCAUAGAAGAUGAACCAGAGAGCAUUGACCUGCUGAGUGGACUAAAGAUGGGGGAGCAAGGUGGUUGGAUGGACGCUAAAAGUGGAGACUGGGCGGCCAUCUUGGAUUCCCAGACCGGUGCAGCCAAGAGCUCAGGGGACAACAUCAAUGAGCAGGGCAGGACCAGAGGUGACAUAGUGGAAUCCAGUGGAUGGUACAGCGUCCUCAACUCUGGGCUGGGGAACAACACUGUUAACCACAACCAGAAACAGACAGUUGAACACAAAACAACAACCAAACUUAGUCUCCAUGACAACAGACUGGCUGAGACCAGGACGAGGCGUAGAUCUUGUCAGUGGGGACGGGGAGGUAUUGGUAUGAGGCAGGACAGAACAGCCACAGACUCGGCUAGCGAUGCUCCGUCCUGCUCCUAUAGUUGUGAUUCAGAGACACUGAUGGUGCCUCAGCUUAACCCCCUAACAGUUGCUGCCUUCAGCCUGCCUUCUAUAGGAUCUAUCAACUGGAACAUGGACUCUGCGACAACACAAACACUCCCUGGCCUUCAUCCUCCUCACACUCCUCUAAUGUUAAACCAGACCUCAGACAAUGCCAGUGCCUCAACACUAAAUGGCUACACAAGACCAUUGACAAAUGACAGUAGUGGUAACGGUGUCAGUAGAUCCAGUGGCAAAGAGAAGCGCUUUCCGUGUCCAUUCUGUGGGAUAGCCUUCAGUUUCCCAAAACAGGUGGAGAUCCACCAGAGGAUGCACACAAAACCGUUUGGCUGCCACCUGUGCAGGGCCAGUUUCUCUGACUCGUCCAACCUGAAGAGACACCAGAGAGUCCACACAGGGGAGAAACCGUACAGCUGCCCCCAGUGUGAGAAGAGAUUCUCCCACCGACACCAUCUGAAGAAUCACCUGAAGGUCCACAUGGGAGAGAGGCCGUAGGCACUGCUGUAAGAGGUUCUCAGAGAGGAGCUACCUCAGGAUACACCAACAGAAAAUGCACACCACCCAUGUAUAGAGUAUAGUGACAUGUAAUGUAGUACUAGUUUGUUUGUAUUUAAUUCUGAUGAUUUUGGAUGUAUUAGGGAACUGGAUGAAGUGAACUGAGGAAAUAAUGAGUGUUGAGGCAGAGUAGUGAAGAUGAACCUUUUACAGAGUAUUCUAAAAUGUAUUUUAUCAAAGCGAGGGUACCAGAUGUACAGAAAAGAUAUCGUGACAACAGUGAGGAGUUAUUCUACUUGUCAUAUAUCGUUUUUUCAAGUAGGGAGGGGGUAGAGUAAGUUUAACCAUGUUUUACAUUCAGCAUCACUCUGUCAAGGCAAAUAUAGUAUUCUUUCUAACAAAUAUCGACAUAUACACUGAAGAAAAAUAUAAAUGCAACAUGUAAAUGUGUUGUUCUCAUGUUUCAUGAGUUGAAAUAAAACAUGUUUCAGGGGACGCAUGACUCGACUAUCUCCUCUCCCUAGCCCGUUGGGGAGUUGCAGCGAUGAGACAAGAUCGUAAUUGAAAUUGAGAGAUAAAGGGGUUGUCACACAACACAAUGCCACAGAUGUCUCAAUUUUUUAGGGAGCGUGUAAUUGGCAUGCUGACUGCAGGAAUGUCUACCAGAGCUGUUGCCAUUGAAUGUUAAUUUCUAUACCGUAAGCUGCCUCUGUUGUUUUUGUGAAUUUGGCAGAAUGUCCAACCGGCCUCGCAACCGCAGACCACGUGUACAGCGUCCUGUGGGCAAGCGGUUUCUAAUGUCAAUGUUGUGAACAGAGUGCCCCAUGGUGGCGGUGGGGUUAUGGUAUGAGCAGGCAUAAGCUACGGACAACAACACAAUUGCAUUUUAUUGAUGGCAAUUUGAAUACAAAGAGAUACCGUGAAGGUAUCCGUGACCAAACAUCUGUAUUUCCUGUCAUGUGAAAUCCAUAGAUUAGGGCCUAAUGAAUUUUUCAAUUGACUGAUUUCCUUAUAUGAACUGUAACUUUAUGAAAUUGUUGCAUGUUGCAUUUAUAUUUUUGUUCAGUAUAUUUCAGGAUGUUGUGUGUCCCUGGAAAUAAUCUGAAUUUAUUUAAACAUGACAUUUUUGAAAACAUAUCUUGUCGAAAAAGAAGUGGUCUUGCAAAAGUAUUCAUCCCCUUGGCGUUUUUCCUAUUUUGUUGCAUUACAACCUGUAAUUGAAAUUGAUUUUUAUUUGGAUUUCAUGUAAUGGACAUACACAAUAGUCCAAAUUGGUGAAGUGAAAUUAAAAAAAAUACCUUGUUUCAAAAAAUAUAGAUAUUUUUUAAAUACGGAAAAGUGGUGAGUGUAUAUGUAUUCAUCCCCUUUGCUAUGAAGCCCCUAAACAAGAUCUGGUGCAACCAAUUACAUUCAGAAGUCACAUAAUUAGUUAAAUAAAGAAUACCUGUGUGCAA